AAGCAUGACGCUUGGAUCCAGAGCUGCCUGCAAACUGCAACCAUCCAUGCUCCUCCCUUGUUGAACCUCUGUGACUUCUCUUCUCCCCAAAUACAAUCGCACCGGGCUUUGUCUAGAGCAACCAUGGCAGAAGUUGUCCUCCCAACCCCCGCCACGCUGGAAGAAGCGCUUCGGAAAGUUGCUCUUGUGACCGGGGCAGCAAGUGGAAUAGGCCUUGCAACUGCGCGACUAUUUGCCCAGCACGGUGCGAAGGUUAUUCUGGUUGAUCUGGAUGCAAAUAGGCUGCAAGAUGUGGCGCGAAGUAUUGGCCACGAGUGCGAUUCUUAUGCGUGUGACGUCUCGUCGUGGGAGCAACAAGUCGCCCUAUUUGAUUGGGUAACUGGCAGAUACGGACCUCCAGAGAUAGUGUGUCUGAAUGCUGGCAUCGAUCCCGAGCUUGCAGCCUCGGAGUCAGCGUCGGGCAAGGAGCGAGUUGCAAGCAACUUCCUCGCAGACGAGUAUGAACCCUCUGGCAAUGCGAGUCAAGUGUCCGAAGAAAGUCGACCACUUGUCAAGCCACCGCCAAAAGUGAUUCUCGACGUGAACUUCUAUGGCGUCCUUUAUGGGAUCAAAUUGGCGGUGUAUCAUCUUGGAGAUGGCCGAGGGGGCCGGAUCAUCAUUACCGGAUCUGCUGCCUCAUACAUUCCCGUCACGUAUCAAGACGUUUAUGUGGCAUCGAAGCACGCUCUCAUGGGGCUGAUGCGCAGCACAUCCCGAAGAGAAGAGCUGAGAGAGAAGAAGGUUUCCAUCGCUAUGGUAGGGCCAUGGCUUACACGGACUGCCUUGACCGCCAAUCUACCGCCAGAGGCAACUCAAGGACACGAAGCGAGUGAACCAGAAGAUGUUGCCUUGGGAAUUGCAUAUCUUGCAACAGCAGAGAAGGAUGCAGAUAUCAAUGGCAAGUGUUUGUGGGUUAGAGGCAAGAGGUGCAUCGAGAUUGAGGGAGCAUACGAGAAAUGGCUGGCACAGAUGAUGGAGAUAUAG